AUGGUUACGUACCAGGAAAGGUCAACCCAAAAGCGUGCCGAUCAACACUCUUUGAUCCCACCCGAGUGGCGCUUGAACCCGAUCCCCUCAGUUGAAUCUACCCCAAAUGCUCUAGCUUAUCUCCGCACGAUUCUCGCAGCGGAGGAGCUGGCCCUUACAGAAGAACUUGAUGUCUCUGUUCUUCUGCGCAAACUUUCGUCUGGGGAGCUCUCUUCGCUAGAUCUCACCCGGGCAUUUUCUAAACGCGCCGCACUGGCCCACCAACUAACAGCAUGUUGCACCGAGAUCUUCUUCGAAGAGGCAUUCGCCACCGCCAAAGAAAUGGAUGAUCACCUCGCGAAAACGGGCAAGACUAUUGGGCCUCUGCACGGCCUACCGGUUUCUAUUAAAGAUCUGUUUUCUGUAAAGGGUGUUGAUACUUCAAUCGGCUGGGUCGGACUAACGAACAACCCCGAAAAGGCCGAUAAAUCAGUCGCAAGGACCCUCCGCCGCCUAGGCGCAGUCCUAUACGUGAAAACCAAUCUGCCACAAUCAAUGAUGAUGUCUGACUCUUACAACCACGUCUUCGGGCAGUGUGUCAACCCCUUCAACCGGGCUUUGAUUUCUGGCGGGAGUUCCGGUGGCGAGGGGACGCUUGUCGCGGCUCGCGGUAGCAUUCUCGGUAUUGGGACUGAUCUUGGUGGUUCGAUUCGUAUCCCUGCUGCGCUUUGUGGGCUGUUUGGUUUGUCUCCCAGCCCUGGAAGACAUCCUUAUGAACGAGGAAAUCCUGGGCAAGAUAUUGUUCGUUCCGUUGCUGGACCUAUGGCUUGUAGCUUGGCUACCAUUGAGCGGUAUAUGGAGGCUUUGCCGAUUGUGUCGCCUUGGGAGGUUGACCAGCAUGUUGCUCCUGUUCCUUGGAGGGAGCAUUUGGCUUCGGGUGGAAGGAGACUUAAGCUUGGUUUUUUGAUUGAUGAUGGAGUUGUGAAAGUUCAGCCGCCAGUUGCUCGAGCUAUGAGAGAGGUUAUUAAGGCUUUAAACACAGCUGGCCAUGAUGUCUUUGAAUGGGAUGCUUCCUCACACGGCUACGCAUAUACCCUCUGGGCGAAAGCCAUCUUCUCAGAUGGCGGAGAAGGCUGUCGAAGAAAGAUCGAGUUAACGGGCGAACCACUUAUUGAAGGAAUGCUCGUUGGAAAGCCGGAGGAUACAUUGACCACUACCGAGACACACCAGCUCCACGCAGACAAGUACAAUUACGAAACGGAAUACCUUGAAAAAUGGAUAUCCUCCGGUGUCGAUGCCAUUAUCAUGCCCAAUACACCAUGGGUAGGCUACAAGCCCUGGACAUGGGUCAAGUCUAGUGCGUACGUGGGAUACACUAGUAUCUGGAAUUUCCUGGGCUAUGCCGCAUUGGCAGUUCCUAUCACCACUGUUUCGAGAGAGAAGGAUGUUCCUGAUCAGGACUGGCUGAACCAUGUUCCCAGGAAUGAGAGUGAUAAGUUUAAUAAGAAACAAUAUGAUAUCGACUUAAUUGAGGGUAUGCCUGUUGGUGUACAGGUUGUUGGUGGACGGUUUGGGGAGGAGAAGUGUGUUGCCGUCGCGAAGGCGAUUGAAGAAGCUAUACAGGGUAAGGUGGUUUCUCGAGCAAACCUUUGA